GGCGCCCACUGACCAAAUCAAAAAGUAACUCCGCUGCAAUUUCAAACAGGUUUUUACUACAUUUCAUCACAUUAAACUUGCAGAAUAAAUUACUGAGUUGACGCCUAACACUUAUGCUUACAUCUCAGCUAUAAUCUGUUGCCUUCUAUGAUGCAUUUUGAAGCUGAAAUCGCUCUUCUUCAGAGCAGUUUUUAUUGCUUUACCGACUGCACAAACAAGGCAUUGCCGUUGGAACAGCGGGUAAACGUCAACGCUGUGUGUCACGCAAUAACAGAGGUAGUCCAAGGUCUGGACAGGGAUCGGAGCGACGGUGAGCAACUGCACUGGCACUUCAAGCUUCAUGCCAUCUUACUUUGCAAGUUGCUUAAGAAAAAAAAUAAGAAAAAAUGCAGAAAAAACAGAAUGGCAGAAGAAGAAGAGAGAAGAAAACCACAUCCACAUCCUUCGUUGACAUCUGAUAAUGUUGUCGACUGUGCAAUGAAGGGUUUUGAUGGAGUUAUGAGAGCGAUACCAGAUUGUGUUGAUCUUGAUCUCUACCUUGCAGUAGCCAAGAAUUUGGAAUGGGGACAUCUUUGUUCACAGGUACUCCUCUCCCUUCAUAGGGAAGUGGCCAAGGUGUUGCUUCAAGACAUCUCCUCAACCUGCAUCUCUGAGGGUCAUCAGGAGUUCCUCAUGAGUAUCCUGAUAAGUGUUCUCAGGCAAGUUCAUCUCGACACUAAAAAACCUGAAAUUCGCACCACAACAAACAAACCAUCAUGCACUGCUGCUGAUGGUACUGGAGCUCUUCAACUAGUCAUGUCUACCUGCCAGCAAAUCCUCACAAUGAAAUCCGAGAUUACCAAAAAGACAAUGAGGUCUGAGGUGAUUGAAGCCUUAAAGGAAUGCCUCACCAACCUAGUCCAAGAAUUGUUUCCAACAGAAAGACAUCCAGAAGUUAACAUUACAGAUCCCACAAAACAUUCAACAAAAGCACACCCAUUACUGUCACUACUAAGUACAGGCUCAAACUGUCUGAGUGAAGUUUACUCUCUUCACCAAAUCUGUUCAACAAAUCUUGGAGAUCAUCUUGGUUCUUCUCCUUAUAAAGAGGAAGUCAAAACUGCAUCACUGGCAGACAGUAGUAAAGAGGAAGACAGUACAAAGUCUGUAAACUCAAACUCCUUACUAAUGGCUGUGUCGACUUUGGUUUCUACUUUACGAGAUAUCCUACUUGAAGACUGGACUGACUUCUUCACGAUCCCUUCUUCAGAUGUCUUACUCUGUGAGGAAAUGGCAUCUUCAGUCAGUAACAUUCCUCACCCACCGCUUGAUGUGCCAAAUGAGAUUGCACGACUGGGUAGGAGUACCUUACAGUCACUUCAGAGGCUUGGACAUCAUCUUGAUCAGCUGCCACUUGAAACCACACACUCAAUUCAAAAACAUUGUGAUGAUCUGAUUGGCUAUAUCUCUGGUCAGCUGGACCAAUGGGGAGAUGUAGAGGAUGAAAUGACGUCAGCUGGUUCAGCGACUGAUACAUACAGUAGAAACACAUGGCUGGAGGAAGCUAUUGGCAAGGUGGAUGGAAGAUUAAAUGAGUAUGAAGAUUACCUUGGUCAGCUUAUGUCAUCCCAUGACCUGUGGGAGGAAGAGUCAUGGAUAGAAUGUCUAGAAAGGAACACUGCCAUUUUGGCUAAUCCAAGGUUUGUCAAACAGCUUAUUGACAUUGUCAUGGUGAUGGAUCAACAAUAUUUUUCUGAGGGUAUAAUUCAGAGAGUUUUAAAGGUCUUCCUUGGAAGCUACGCACCUCUGCCGUUCUUGCUUCAGAACACACUCCGGGAUCAUCUUUGGACUCAGUCUGCCGGAGUCACCAUCUUCACCAGACACCCCGUGCAGAACGUAGACCAUGAGUUAACCUCCCUCUUUAACAGACUGGUCGCCUUGGCGCAGGGUCUGGAAAACACCGAGGUUUUCCAAGCGUUAUCCUGCGUGGCCAUACAAUCUCCCACUAAAACCUUACAUCAGGCUGUCCAGAGAGCAGUUUCUAAUGCAUCAGUAUGCCAAGCAGUCUGUCAGGUUUUGCAGGCUAUGCCCUCACUGGCGACCUUCAAACUUCAUGGAGAUCAGUGGCCAUUACUGUGUCACCUCAUCCUGGAAACUGGUGGGAACCUGUCAACUUCAACAAAUGAGGAAGCAAAUCUCUUACAGCUGGUAACCACACUACUGCAGCCGUACAGACCGUUUCUGGAUCCACUAGGUCCAUUCUGGAUGCCACCAGUUCUUUCUACUCGAGCAGUUUGCCAAGUGUGUGUUUUGCCAAAUCUUGAAACCUCUCCACAAAAUGGUGGUCGGAUGGACAUAUUGACAGCUUUGAAACUACUUAAGGAGUUACUGAACAUAAGAGACAAUUCUGAUGCGAUGAUAAACGUCCUAGGAUCGUCACCGUUUCCCAUCAUGCUUUGCCUUUGUGACCUCCUCGAUGGAUGUCAUCUUCUAUGGGAUGGUGUCGUCACGGCAACACAGAGUACUGAUAUGAAGGAAGUUGUGCUUUGCCUUCUGGGAAGGAUUGCGAGAAUCAUCAAGGAGAAGCAUAAUCAAGGCAAUAACUGCGCAGAACAUGGGGUAGCCUGGCUCUUGAACCGUGUCUCUGUCACACUACACUGGACGACAUCUCUUUAUGUGAAUGAGUUAAUGUCAGAGCUACUGCCUCAGCAAAAAAAGACUAUUCCAGAGUGCUUGUUCGACAUCUGCAACUUCCCUGAUUCUUCCUGGUAUCCUGUAGCAUCUGAUGACACUUCAAGAGCUCUACCUUUGGUCGAGACACUGACAGAUUUACUACAGUGUAGUCGAGUUUCAGACAAAAUGGUUGACAUUUUGGUCCAGGGUCUUCAAGUGAAGGAGAUUCCCCAUCAGAGUUUCCAAGAGGCAAUCACGCUGGCCCUUGUACAGGUGUUGCCCCACUGCAUCAUGGGAGAAUGGCAAUGCAUCAUGGGAAUGCUGAAGCAACUUCUAGCCAAUGAGAUCCUCUGCGUGCCGUGCAGCACGCAGUAUUUGACAGAACUUCCUAUGGUGAAUAUUUCAGGGUUCAAAGUUCACCUCAGCCUUUCUCAGCUGCUUCUAUCGGUGAUGCAACUUCUGACCAGCCCCUGCUGUCAAGACUGGGCAACCCCACAGCUUCUCCAUCAUGUGACCCGUUGCCACGUUAACACCAUGCAGAGUUUAACCCCUGAGAUAUUGACCUCUGACCUUCACAAUGAAUCAGCGAGCCUGUUUGUGAUUGGUCAGUUCUUUUGCCACACAUGCGAGGUGAUCAGUGUACUACCAACACAUGAACUGAAGGAACAAGUUUUCGUCUUGACAUUGCAGUUCAUGUCACAUCUGGAGGAAAUGAUGAAUCAUUCAAAAGAUGUAAAUCAAGAGUGGACUAAUCAGAAGGCACUAUUGGAACUUGUAGCCAAUCAGAAGCUAGCAGGGGAGCAGAAGAAAACACUUCUUCAAAAGAUCACCAAUAUAUCAUAAAUACAUUUUUUGGUUGAACAAAGAAACAUCAACUAGUUUGGGACUUGACCCGAUGACCUGUACCAACUCUACAAACUGAGCUACAUAACAUGUAUCUAGCCCACUGUAUGGCGAAUUCCCUUUUUUUGUCAAUAGCUUUGUUUGGUGGUGCUAGUCAGAAGACAUACAACCUAAAACUGCCAUGUAGCCAGGGAUCACCCCCAAGUUUAUGAUACACCAUGGGAAGCGGCAGCAGAUGCAACUUAAAGUUUCAAAUAUCAAGUAUAAACAC